AUGAAAGAACGAAUUGAAUUAAAAAUUAGUUGUAAAAAACUUGAUGUUCUUUCAAAUAGUGCUCUCCAAGUCUUGUUAUCAGUAAAAGAUGCCAAAACACAGAAAUGGAGACCAACAUCUUAUAAAACUGAAGUCAUAAAGAACAAUUUAAAUCCAACAUUUGUAACUGGGUUUGUUGUUGAUUACGUAUUUGAAGAAUUACAAGAAUUUAGAUUUAUAUGUGUAAAUGAUACAAAUCGAGAGCAUCAAGACUUUAUUGGCCAAUUUGAAUUUGCCAGUGAAGGGGGAAAGAUGGUGGGAUUUUUGACUUCACCUAAUCAUCCUGGUAAAAAUCAUGGACUAAUAAUUAUUUCAGCUGAUUCUAAAAGAAAUCUAAAAUUACAGUUUCAAGCAUGUAAUAUAGUUAACAAGGGGAAAUUUUUUGGAGCAAAAGCAACUACAUUUUUGGUUAUUAGUAGAGCAAAUGAAAAUAAUACCUUCUCACCAGUUUAUGAAUCAGAUGUAGUUUCUUCUUCUAGUCCAUGCUGGAAAGAACUUUACAAACAUAUACUUCUUGGAGAAUGCUCUGUUACACUUCGAGAGAUUAUGGGAAGAAACAAAAUAUUUCCAUUGAAACUUCAACCUGGCUCACAGAGAAAAAUUUCAAAAGAUGCAAACAUAACAGUUGUUAAAGCUUUGGUACCCCCAAGUUUUUUGGAUUAUAUUGCAGGUGGCACAAAAAUUCGUCUUAUGGUAGCAAUUGAUUUUACAGAAUCAAAUGGUGAUCCUAGAAGUCAAAGAAGUUUACAUUAUAGUGGCGGAAGAGAAAAUGAUUAUCAACGAGCCAUCAGAAGUGUUGGAACAAUAUUAUUUUCUGUUUAUGGAUUCGGUGCAAAAUUUAAUGGAAUAUUGUCUCAUGCUUAUCCUCUUAAUAAUGAUCAUCAGAAUCCACAAGUUGAAGGCGUAGAAGGCAUGUUGUCACUAUAUUUACAAACAUUAAAUACUGUUGAAUUAUAUGGACCAACCAAUUUUUCUCCAAUUAUAAAGCUGACAGCUAACAAAAUUGAAUCAGAAUUAGGAACAGGGAACGUAAAUGGUGUGAUAACAGAUAUGGAUUUAACAAUUCGUUCUAUAAUUAAUGCAAGUUCACUUCCACUUUCAAUUGUUAUUGUUGGUGUUGGUGACGCAGACUUCUCAUAUAUGGCUAGGCUUGGAGGUCCAUUAGUUUCGAAAUCUGAUGAAGCAUUAUCUGGAACAAUUGGGAGAAGCAUAGUACAAUUUAUAGCUAUGAAAGAUUAUCAAGCAGAAGCAGCUGGAUAUUCAUUGCCAAAAGUAUUACUAGAAGGAAUACCAGAUAAAUUUUUGGACUACAUGAAUAAAAACAAGAUUCCACCAAAAUCAAUAAACAAAGAAACAUAG